AUGAAUUAUCAUAAUAAUAUUGGUGAUUUUUAACAUAAAGUUUUAUUAGAAAAGAUUGAACCUAAAAUUAAAUCAAUUUAAAAAAAAACUAAAGAUAAUUAGAAUAAUAAAGAUAGAACUAAUUGGAUUGAUAAUCUAAUUAGUAAAACUGCAAAGAAAUAUUCAAUUAGUUUUAAAUAAAACCUAUAUUAAAUUGAAGUAGUAGAGAAUUGGAAGAAAUAUAAUUGUUUAGAAAAUAUUAGUUUAAUAUUAGAAGCAGAAUUUAAAAAAAUGUUUGAAUAAUUGCAAUUUAUUUUGAAUAUAAUUUAUCCUUUUUUUGUAAUAGAUUAUUAUUAUUAAAUAUGA